AUGCCCCAGCAGCACACCCCGCAACGGAUGUAUGUGAGCCCAUGCCCCAGCAGCACGCUCCGCAACGGAUCAGCACACCCCGCAACGGAUGUAUGUGAGCCCAUGCCCCAGCAGCACGCUCCGCAACGGAUGUAUGUGAGCCCGUGCCCCAGCAGCACGCUCCGCAACGGAUCAGCACACCCCGCAACGGAUGUAUGUGAGCCCAUGCCCCAGCAGCACACCCCGCAACGGAUGUAUGUGAGCCCAUGCCCCAGCAGCACACCCCGCAACGGAUCAGCACGCUCCGCAACGGAUGUAUGUGAGCCCGUGCCCCAGCAGCAAGCCCCCCAACUGAUGUAUGUGAGCCCAUGCCCCAGCAGCACGCUCCGCAACGGAUCAGCAAGCCCCCCAACUGAUGUAUGUGAGCCCAUGCCCCAGCAGCACGCUCCGCAACGGAUGUAUGUGAGCCCGUGCCCCAGCAGCACACCCCGCAACGGAUCAGCACACCCCGCAACGGAUGUAUGUGAGCCCAUGCCCCAGCAGCACACCCCGCAACGGAUGUAUGUGAGCCCGUGCCCCAGCAGCACGCUCCGCAACGGAUCAGCACACCCCGCAACGGAUGUAUGUGAGCCCAUGCCCCAGCAGCACGCUCCGCAACGGAUGUAUGUGAGCCCAUGCCCCAGCAGCACACCCCGCAACGGAUCAGCACACCCCGCAACGGAUGUAUGUGAGCCCGUGCCCCAGCAGCACACCCCGCAACGGAUGUAUGUGAGCCCAUGCCCCAGCAGCAAGCCCCCCAACUGA